UUUAAGUGAAAAUCCCAACUUGCCCUAAAACUUUAACCUGCCCUAAAACUUUAACCUAAGUCAAUCAGGAGCCAUAACUUGUAUUUAGGAUAAUAUGGAGUUAUGUAACCUCAUUGUGUGAUGGUCCUGAACAACUGUGUGAAGUAUUAAGUCAAUUGAACAAAGGAUAUAGAAGUUAUUGAUAAAUAUUCCAACUUGCCCUAAAACUUUAACCUAAGUUCCAUAGUCAAUUAGGGGCCAUAAUCUGUGUAAAGAAUAAUAUGGAGUUAUCUAACCUCAUCAUGUGAUGGCCCUGAACAACUGCCUGAAGUAUUAAGUCAAUUGAAUGUAGGGUAUUGGACUUAUAAGUGAAAAUCCCAACUUGUCCGGUGCAUAUCCGAUAAGGCUUGAAACUAUAAGUUCUUUAUUUCGACAAACAUAUCUAAAAGAAAAUUAUAUAUUAUAGGUAAUUAUGGAAUAAUGGCAAUAAACAGUUCAAGGUCGGGCGGAAAAAAAUGGGGUUGGUCAAGGAUUAGUGUGAAAGAAAUAAAAUAAAAAAUAUGCCUAAGUGGGUCGGACAACAGCUGCAAACAAACUGUUUUUAAAGACUGGCCUUAUAUAUUUACUUUUUGUGAGGAUUCAUGACCAUCUAUUUGAAGAGAUUUGGAUUAUUAUACAGACCAUUUUAUCAGUGUAAGAUAUUAUAUAUCUAAACUUUAACUAGAAUUCCACACAUUUAAUAAUUCACCUACUGGGAGUUUGGAAAAUAAUUAGCAAUUAUGAAGUGAAAUUGGUCAAAUUUUGACAAUUCAUGGACAUAUCUCCUAUAAUUUCAUGUGGCUGUUAGUGAGAUGAACUUGCAAUUGGUCGGGACAUUACACCAAAAAGGAGAUGAACUUGCAAUUGGUCGGAACAUUACACCAAAAAACGUUUGUACCAAGUUUGGUUACGAUUGGAUGAUUAAUGGUUAAAGUUAAAGUAAAAAAUGAUCAAUGACUCAGAUAAUGUGAAACUUCGAUAUGAUAUCUGCAAAUAACACGGUCUGUGUACCCACUUUGAUAACAGAGCAAACAUAAAAAAAAUUUUUAUUAAAAAUCACAUUUGAGUAAAUUCUACAUAUUGGAUCUAUUUGGGAUCUUCUAUUCAUUAGAAAAUACUUUAGGAUUUCCUAAGUAAAAUCGUUAUGUGAUCCAUUUAUAUCUUGAUGACAUGACUACACUGUACGAAAUGGCUAAAUGAAUGUUGAUGAAAAAAAAUAGGACACUGAUAAUAUUGAUGGAAACCAAGCUAUAAAACUUGUCACAUGAAAGAGAAACCAACAGGUUCCUGUCAUUUGCUACUCUUUAUAGAAGGAAAAUGAAAUAUUUUAAUAAGAUUUCUUCAAGAUUCAUCUUACUACAGUGUGUGAUUUUCAUCUUAAUUUGCUACUGGAUUUUCAUAUCUGACGGUGGGAUUAUCUUUAAAAAUUCAUCAUCGCAUGGAAUUAAGGCAGAAUAUUUCGAAACAGUUGACAAAAAACACAGUGCCAAUGGAAAAAUUCUAUUGUCAAGAUUAAGUGAAAGUAAUUUUCAAGCGGCAAAAAAACAUUUUAGAUAUUUUACGGAGGAUUUUAAAACUGAAAAUGAACGUGUAAAAGGUUGGAUGAAAGAUGAAGUACAGUUAUGUGGAGGACGGAUUAAGAUUUAUGCUUCGGAGUAUGGAAUCGCAAGAGGUAUCACAAUGUUCCCGGGGAAUCGUCCUAAAGUCAAUCAACAGCCAAAAGGAGGGGAGGAGGUAAGAAAAGUUCUUGGGCAAGCAGAAGAAUUGGAGACAUAUCAGUUUGGGUCAAACUUUUGGGUUUGCAACUUCAACAAAACUGAGAAUUUCGGAAACACGGGAGAUUUUUAUUGGAACAAUAAAAUUACAAUAAAAAGGCAACAAAGUCCAUUAAACGUUUCAAAAAACACUGAAAAGAAUUAUGUUGUUGGUGUGAGAAGGCAGGAUUAUGCCAAUCUGCAUAACUGGGUACGGAACAUUUACAAUAUAUUUCUAAUCAUGGUUCAUUUCAGGCUACAACCAUCUGAAGUUUCAAUCCUUUUUCUAGAUGGGCAUCCUUACACUCCACUUGACAAUGCAUGGGCAAAAAUAUUCAGUGAACCAGUCAGGGUAGGCCAUCUUAGUGAACCAGUCUAUUACGAAAACUUCAUCUGGGGGUUCCAGGAGAAUAAAGGUCUAAUAACUGAGUUUGAGGCGGGAAAUGUGCCAUAUUUGGAGGAAUUCCGUUCAUUUGUACUCUCAAGAUUUGAUAUUCCACAACAAGAUCAUUUAGAUUGCUCAAACUUGCAAUUAACUUUAAUACUUCGAAGAAAUGCGAUCUACCAUCCAAGAAACGCUGAAGGAAAAGUUACACGAAAGAUUUUCAAUGAGGCCGAAAUCGUCGAAACACUCCAAAAGACAUUUCCAACAGCUAAUGUUCAGGUCGUAUUAAUGGAAGCACUCCCAAUGAAAUCGCAAAUUGAAAUAAGCAGCAAGACAGAUAUAUGGAUCGGUAUGCAUGGGGCUGGCAUGAGUCAUGUGACAUUCUUACCAAAACAUGCCGCAGUUUUAGAACUGUUUCAAAAAGAUUUCAAGGUGGAAAGGCCAUGGUUUAUUUGCUUCCAAUCUAUAACAAAAUGGCGGGACAUGAAAUAUGAUACAUGGGAAAACAUGGACACAGAAUUUGAAAUGCCGAGUGACUUCACAGUUGUGCCCCCUGAUGUUAUUGCAAAUAAGACAACGAAUCUAGCCAAUCAAAUUUGUGACAACAAUCUGAUGAAUUAGAUUACCCCAGUAUUAUUUUAGGUAGUUUAGGUAUUUUAUUGCAUUUUUUUUUUUUAGUUUAUAUUAUAUCUUAUGCACAUUAUAUUUUCUUGAAUUUUACCAUUAUUUUUAUUAUUUUGAAAUGUUAUGGUUUUCUUGCAUUUUUCAUUUCUUUAAUUAAAUUCAAAUAUUAUCUCCAAGUGACUGUAUUUCUUGAUUGAUACCAUCAAUUUAAGGUACAUAUUUUGCAACAAAUGUAUAAUGCAAAAUAUUUACUGACUGAUACUAUGUCAAGUUCUCAAUUUGUAUUCAUGACUUCUCUUUUUGCAUCUUUAUAUUAUUUAAAAGUUUUAUGAUAUAUGUCAAAUAAAAUUAAUGAAUGAUAAAGGAGAAUUUUAUCCAUAACAGAGCUUAACUGUUAACCUGAUUUUAGCUGAAAUAUGUGGAAAAAAAACAGAAGAGGGCCCUGUAUACCUUACAUUAUAAAUGAUUACAAACCUGUAAGCCAUGGGUAUUUUGGAAUCAAUUAUUUUUAAAGCUGCAUGGUUCAAAUGCUCUUGCUCAUAGUCAACCCUUAUAGUUAUG